GCGAGAAUCCUCCAUCCCAAGAAGCUUGUUUGGGUUGUUUGGUGGUGGUGUGUGGGUGUUGGCGAAGUGACAAUGACACAGAUGCCCAUGAUGAUGUUUGGGAGGAGGAGAAGAAGACCGGUUGCAGCGGCAGCCGCACCAUGCACGCCUGUCGUUGGCGUGGCUGUGCUGGUGAUGAUGCAGCUGUGUUUUCUCGCACCGCAGUGCGCAUACGCGGUGCAAUCUGUGUAUGACCCCUCGUGUCGUUCCGUCACCUUGCGCGGCAUGCGCCCCGGCUUCGCCACAAGGCUGCUGGCUCCCUACGAGCGGACAGUGGCCACACGCAACGGAGCGCCUGUGUUCCAGCAAGCCAACGGCGGCGACUACCUCUUCUUGGAUGUGUCAGACAGCAAUUUCCGCUGGUAUGUGACCGAUGACUUGCAGAGGACAGGCAUUUACGCGCUUUCUCCGAGCGUACCUUCCCCACAAGACCCUGCGGCGCAACCGCUGUCGUGGCUGUACAACCAAAAUCGAGAAACCAUCUCCUCGCUGCUGAAUGUGACGUGUUCUGCCUGCAAGCAAGCUGACCACGAGCGCUGUGCACAGGAGAACAAACUCUGCUCCACGUCGCCAACAGGGCAGCCCGUCUGCACGUGCGACGAAGCACGCGGCCUGCGAGAGAACAAUGAUGGCACCUGCAGUGUGGACGUCCCAACACUCAUCGACGUCUACUAUCACCCGAUGCCAGUUCUCGUCAACGAUUGGGUUCGCAUGGGAGAUGGCAUCACAGACGCGUAUGUGAGCGACUUGUCGCCUGCGACGUUUUCGUUCUCCUUUCCAGACUACUGGACCAUUCGCAUAUCAGCAACGUCGGUGUAUGCAAUCGUGCUGUCCUCCUCCUUGGACGCGUCGACGUUCGACACGUGGAUUGUCCGAGAUCCGGAAACAGGGGAUUGGUCCCGCCAAAACGCCACGCUUAACGGACACUACUGCAGUCCGUCCGAGUGCCCCGCCGGCGCUGACUGCCGCCGCCCAACUCGCAGCUCGCCGCUCGAGUGCUUCUGUGACGAGCGGGACUUCCGGACCGAACAGCCGGACGGCACGUGCGAGGUGCUGGCGUGCCCCUCCCUCGUGGUCGGCAACAUGACACCGCGACCCGACUUGGAGGGGACGUACACACCCGUAGACGGCCUCAUCCACGACGACGCACCCGUGUACAUUCGCCAGCCAGAGAUGGAUCUCUACCUCUUUCGCAUCAACGACUUCUGGGCGAUUGGCGCAAACUACACCUCCACGCGCAUCAACGCGUAUUCGCCGUUUUAUACGGGCUUCCAUCCGUCUGUCACCACACAAUGGAAGGCGUAUGUUGGGGCCCAGGGCGCAUUUGUCGACGCCACGCCCACCCUCUCCUGCCGCUCGUGCGAUCGCGACACGUGCCCGGGCAACCUGCAGUGCAUCUUCAACACGACCACGAGCAACACGCACAUUCAGGAGCACACGUGCGGCUGCCCCGAGGGCCUCAUCUUGUUGACGCAGGAUGAUGGCACGCCCGAGUGCGUCCUGCCUGAGAUGACUGUGUGCAAGACGCUGCGGUUCAACACUGCCGGCGCCAACUCCCGCGUUGAUGGGGUGUAUGUGUACGCGGGCAUGGACACACUCGGGCAACCCACCUUCAUCCACGACGCGGUCACCAACGACACCCUGCGCUACACCACGCAGGCCGGCGCUUGGAUCAUUGUGGACGAUGAGGGCGAGGUGAAUGCCGUGUGCGUCACCGACGCCCGCGAUCAGCCGCGCGACUGCACGUGGCGCGUUCGCCGCACAGACACGGGCGCGUUUGCAACCGGCACCACCAUCGCCAUUGAGUGCGUGGAGUGCCGCCCUGAUGCCGUGUGCCCAGCGGGAAAGAUUUGUGUUUCGAACGGUGCUGCGGAUGCAGAUUACACGUGCGCGUGCCCGCUUGGCCUCGACCCUGUCCCGAACACGCAGACGUGUCUCUCGCGAGAGAACGUGUGCUCGGUGCUGGAUCUCGAGAUCCCUGGUCGCGUCGAUGCAAACGGCGUCUACACUGCUGCUGGCAUCCGCAACGGACGGCUGGAGUACGCGUCCAAGAACACGGCGGCACCAUUCACGAUUGUCUUCAAUGCGGAGUUUCAGCGCUGGCAUCUCGUCCACGAAGCGUCAAACCUCAUUGUCGCACGACUCGAGACGGAAGCAAUUCUGCCGAUUGACUCGAUGGUGGGCAACACGACGACAUGGGCUCCGUUUAUCUUUGGUGCUGGCGGGUACACACCGCAGCCCGGCAGCAGCAGCACCUGCAGCCGCUGUGCAACAAAUACAUGCUCGACAGGCUUUAUCUGCCGCUCCCCGCGUGGUGCUUCGCCCUCUUGCACAUGCAACGCGCGUCAGAUCGAGCAGGACCGUGCAUGCGUUGAUCGGACCGCCUGUCCGCGGCUGUGGCUCUAUCUCGAUGACACGCGCGUCGCCCCCUUCACUCUCGAUGGGUCGCUGUCCGAGCGGCCACGGUAUCGGGGAGCCAUCCCACGUGACAGCGACACGACAUACUACCUUCGCUUCUCAAACCUGCGUGACAUUUGGUUCAUGUCCACGUUUCCCAACAGCGAAUUCACGGCAGCCAACGCCUCCUCCUUCGCUACGCUCUCCUUCUUCCCAGAGGACUUUGCCCGCCCCACCGCGGUGUUUGACUUUGGCCUGCAGACGGCUGUUGGCUUCUCUCCAAGCUCCAUUGCCUUUGUCUGCGACGUGUGCCAGCCCGACACGUGCGGGCCAACAGAGGCGUGUGAGACAGCGCUGAACGGAACGGCCGUGUGCGUGUGUGCGCCAGGCGAUAUUCGCUUUGACGUGGACGGGGAGUCCGUGUGCAACGUGCCCUCGCUCGCCAACGCCAUCGACACCCUCAUCGUCUCUCUUCGAGGAGACAGCACCCUGUUUGAUCUUGUUGCGAGCGAGCACAUCAACGGCCGCUUCUUCUAUCGCGAGCGCUCCCCGAACGCCAUCCAGCGCCGUGCCACGCGUCUCAUCUUCUGGCUGCCGUCUGCAAAUGGCGGCGCCGGUGCCUGGGCAUUUGGAACACCGGGCAACCCUGUUGCCGUGGCCACGACGCAAGGCCUCCCGCACACGCUGUCCUGGGACACGGACAUCACCGUCAACGCCGCAUGCGACGUGGUUGACGUGGUGGUGUCAGCCAUCUCAGCAACAGCCGUCACCCUGCAGCCAACCACCGCGUUUGCUGAGACGACGACGGUGUAUGUGUCGCCAUCGCGCUUCCUGCUGCAUGAGGACCUGAUGAUUGUGGAAGUGCCGCCAUCAACGCCGUCUGUCACCGUCACCAACCUCUCGCCCGAGCAGCACUACUUUGCCGUCGCAUUCACAAACCAAUCUGCGUGUGUGUUGAGUGGCGACGAGCCCUUGCUUGAGAUCGACACGCUCGCGUCUGUGCCCACCGCUGCCCCUCAAAUCACCACUGUCGAUGUUCUUGCACCAGACAUCCUUCGCAUCAGCUUCACGGUUCCUGCGAGCGCGAGUGAUGGUGGCGCCAUCGUUCACUUUAUCGCCCAGCUCAUGGACCAAGACGGCGACAUGUUUCAGAUCACCGUGCCUGCAGGCACGAGAACGUUCCUGGUUGAUGAACUUGAGCCGUUUACGCAAUACCGCGUCCGCAUUGCUGUCGUCAACGCAGCAGGGCAGGGCCCGUUCUCUCCGCCCACCACACGGCGCACCGAUGAAGAUGUCCCCUCGAGUGGGGGCACGAUUGUGUCCCUGAGCCGCGACACAGAUGGCCUCACAGCGGUUGUCCGACGCCCGAACGAAACCGAUCACAACGGCAUCAUCACCCAGCUCAGGGUCGUCUGCUCACACCAGGGCGUGCAGUACAUGAGCAACCUCACGCUGACAGCAGCCGACAUUGCAGAUAUGAGCCGCGACUUCACGAUCGUGCUCGCUGUUCCGGACGACACCGCCGUCAUGUGCGAGGCGCAGGCGAGCACGUCUGCUGGGUGGAGCGACGGUGGCCCGUCCGUGUCGUCGCCGGCGCAGCCGUCAUCGAGCGGCAGCGGAACCAACGCGGGAGCAGUUGCUGCGGGUGUGCUGGUGCCGCUGCUGCUGCUGAUUGCCAUCGCUGCGUUUCUCGUCCUCCGGCGCCGCCCGUCGUUCACAAAACCGUACUCGGACCCGCCGACAGUGAACAUGGUCUGCACCAACCGCGUCUUCGAUAUGGAGCGCUUCAAGGAGAUUUUGAUUGACCCGAACGAGCUGGUACUGCAGGAGAAGUUGGGCGAGGGCCAGUUUGGAACCGUGCAUGCAGGCACGCUCUCCCGCGUUCCAAACCAGCCUGUCCUCGACAAACCCAUCCCCGUUGCCGUGAAGUACUUGAAGACGACCGCUGAUGUUGAGGACCGCCGCGUGUUCCUGGACGAGGCGUGGCGCAUGCGGCAUCUCGUGCACGACCACGUUGUGCGCUUGCUCGGCGUCUGUCUUGCCAAUGAGCCAUCGUUCAUCCUCAUCGAAUUCAUGGACGGCGGUGACUUGGAGAAUUUCCUGCGGAUGGCGCGUCCGGACCGCGGUGGUGAUGGUCUCCCGCCAUCCUUGCAGGCAAACUUCAUGCACCAGGUCUGCUCUGGCCUCGCCUAUCUCGGAAGCGUCGACUUUGUGCAUCGUGAUCUUGCGUCGCGCAACAUCCUCAUGACGCGCGAGUAUGUGCUGAAGAUUGGCGAUUUCGGGAUGGCGCGAAACGUGCAGGGCAGCGCGUAUUACACGAGCAGCAAGCGGAAGGAGAUGCCGCUGCGGUGGAUGGCGCCCGAGGCCGUACGCGAGAACAAAUACACGCACUUGAGCGACGUGUACUCUUUUGGUGUCGUCAUCUACGAAAUCGCCACGUUCGGGGACUUCCCGUGGGCUGGCGUCCAAGAUGAUGAUGUUGCGCGCCGACUGAUCCGAGGCGAACACAUGCCCCUCGAUGCCGUGCCUGGGACUUUCCACCACGUGAUUCUUCAGUGCUGGCAGCCCGUACAGCAGCGGCCACGCGCAAGCGAGGUGCUCCCGCUCAUCACGGCGAUGCAGACGCCGCAAUCCAGCGGUUACGUCGUGCUGCCCGCACAAGACGCAAACUGUUAACGCCAACAUCGCUUGUCGUCUUGCCCGCGCAAGUAGAUGUGGUGGAUGAGUGAACAUAGACGUUGCAUGUCCCUGCUUGAUGUGUGCUUUUUCUUGCUUGCUUGGAUUGCUUGCUGUGGUUUCUUGAUAGUGCAUGCUUCUUCUCUUCUUUCAUCAUAUGCCUGCCCCCCCCCGUGUUCUUUUUGCCCUUUUGUUCUUCAUUUCGCUUGAGUGGGGUGGUUUCAUCUUUGAGUACGUUGACCGUCCCUUCCGUAAGUACAUGACCUGAUUCCCGCCCAUUGAUUUGCCAACCACAAGC